CCUUGGACAGAAAGGACCAUUCAUAUUAACGUAGCAGCCCACAGGCAAUACCACGAUUAAGUAUGGCUAACCCAUCUAUUCCGGGACCAAUUGUCAGGCAACCAUCAUCUCCUACAUUGAAAGGGACCCGAGAGAGAACAAGAUCAAGGGAAAAGAUGGAAACAGCGUUUGUAGAUGAAGGACAUAUGAGCAAACAACCAUCAAUCCAAAUAAUGGACAGAUUGGAACAUUCAGUGGACGGGGAUCAAGAAGGAUCUAGUGGUGAUAAGCCUCGAAAAACAAAACGCAAUUCAAUUCGUAUUAUCAUUACCAGGGUCUGCUCAGCAAUAUUAAUUAUUGCGGACUGUGUUUUUGACUGGUUGCAGUAUUACCAAAUUAUUACAACGCCGUUAGAUAUUAUACCUGAAGUCAAAAGUUUGCUGCCCCAAAGAGAUCAGCCAGACAGUUAUUGGCGACUACUUUUACGGCGACAAAGCUUUUUUUUUGGGCUAACAAAUAUCCCUCCAGAAGGUGCACUACAACAAUCGACUGAGAGUUUACCACCAGAAUCGAACACCACUUUGUUUUGCCAAAGUAAGAGUGAUGUUGGUGAGCAUUUUAUGUACUUUACAAUAGCGGGAACAGUUCUGUCGUUAAUCCAACUUGCAAAUAUCAUCUUCCAGAUUUACAGCGAGGUUGAGUAUCUUAAGAAGAAAAAGCAAGUGAGCGAAGAUAACGAUGGCACUCCUAAAAAAAUACUGGAUGGUAGGACAGAAACUCUUUAUUCCGUUUUAUUCAUAGAAAUACCACAAGGAAUUCUUCUCCUUAGGUACCAAGAAGCAUGCUUACCGAGUUAUAGCAAGACUCUAAAGUGUAAACGACUCAAACGGCGUAUUUGGGCUGCCGUUAAUGGUGGUAUUGCACUUUUGAACAAUGCUUUUCGUUAUAUAACAUGCUCUGAAUGUUGCGAAGAAGACGUUGAGGACGAUAACUCGACUUGUGGAUGUUGCAGUGUAGCUAGAGGAAAGUGUCUUGAUUGUUUUAGCGGCGCUAGAGGAAAGUGUGUUGUUUGUUCUGGCAGUUCUAAACCAAAGUCCAAAAAGCCCAAAAAGUCAAUUGAUUGUUUUAGCGGCGUUAGAGGAAAGUUUGGUGAUUGUUUUUGGACUCUCCUUAAAUGCUUCUGUCCCUGUUUAUGCUAUUUUUAUCGAUACGAAUCCCCCAUAUUAUGUGGUAUUUGUGGAAAGAAAUGCAUCGUUGAUAAGUGCAAAUGCUCUACCGAACCGUGGUCUUACAAGCUUUCCUUGUGUGGAUUCUGUAAUUUCCACUACUGCCCACUUGUAAACCCUGAUGAUCCCCAAGGAGGAGGACAGAAAUGCUGCGAUGUGACAAGUGGACUUUGUAAAUGUUCAGACGGAACAUGCUGCGAUGGGACAAUCGGAUGUUGUGAUUGUUCAAUCGGAAAAUGCUGCGGUGUGACAGGCGGAAGUUCUAACAGUUCAGACGGAAAAUGCGUUGUGACACUCGGAUGUUGCGAAUUGUCAAUCGGAAAUUGCUGCGAUGGGAGCGAUGGGACUGAUGGGACUGGAUUCUGUCCAUGUUUUUGCUGUUCAUCUCGAUACGAAUCCCUCAUGUUGUGUGGUAUUUGUGGAAAGAUAUGCAUCAUAGAUAAGGGCAAAUGCUCUACCGAACCAUGGUCUUACAAGCUUUCCUUAUGUGGAUUUUGUAAUUUCCACUACUGCCCACUUAAGCUUUUUGACCCUGAUGAUCCCCAAGGAGGAGGACAGAAAUGCUGCGAUGUGACAAGUGGACUUUGUAAAUGUUCAGACGGAACAUGCUGCGAUGGGACAAUCGGAUGUUGUGAGUGUUCAAUCGGAAAAUGCUGUGGUGUGACAGGCGGAAGUUGCAACAGUUCAGACGGAAAAUGCGCUGUGACACUCGGAUGUUGCGAAUGGUCAGUCGGAAAUUGCUGCGAUGGGACUGAUGGGACUUGUUGGAAAUGUCCAGAAAGAAAACCCAGAAAACCCAGACAACCCAGAACACCCAGAAAACCCAGCGAUGAAUGCAAAUGUUUAGACGGAAAAGGCUGCGAUGACCCAAGCGAGUGUUGUAAAUCUUCAUACGGAAAAUGGUGCGGUGGUACAGGCGAUUUUAGGAAAUGUUCAAACGCAUGUUCUAAUCCUUGUGAUUAUGAACCACUUACAUGCAACGUACGAUUUGCACUUAUUGUUAAUAUCGGUUAUGUGGUAUUGUAUUUUUAUAUCAUGCUCAGAAUGUUCUGUCUUCUGAAGAAUAUUCCUUCAUCAAAGAGUAGUAUAUUUGGAUAGUGAUCAACACUUUUGCAAAAUGCUCGACUAAAGAUGGUUAUCGUAUCAGUAUUUGUAAAUAUGUGAUUACUGACACAUCGGCACGCUAUAUCUAUAUUCCUUUAUCAUGAUUACUUACAUAUAUUUAUCUUUAAAAAGAACUGGAAAUAGUGUAUAUGAAAACAUUUCAAAAAUCUACCCGUUAGUUUCAAUACUUUGGAUUAAAGAGCAAAACCCAAUUAUUGAAUUUUCAGAUUUUAAUUGAUUUUGAUUAAAGAGGUUUUGAACAUAUUGUAAAAUAUAAAAUUAUGUAUAUUUUUUCUGUAUAAAGAUCUACAUCGA